UGGCUACGAAUUGACAGUUCUCUCCCCCCAUGCUUCUUGACGCCCACUCUCUCUCGACCGAACUCCAUGGAAAGCUGGCUGAAACUAUCUGGAGCGGUGGGCUUAGACGACCUGGAGCUUGCCGAUUUCCCGGUCACCGGGCGCGGUGUCAGAGCACUGCGGCGUUUCAAGAAAGGAGAGAGAAUUCUCACCAUUCCAUGUGGCGUUCUCUGGACGGUCGAGCAUGCAUUCGCUGAUCCCCUUCUUGGACCAGCUCUGCGCUCCGCGCGGCCGCCCUUGUCUGUCGAAGACAUUUUGGCUACGUACAUUCUCUUUAUCAGAUCUCGCGAGUCGGGAUACGAUGGCCUGCGAAGCCAUGUGGCGGCGUUGCCUACGAGCUACUCGUCAAGCAUCUUCUUUUCGAAGGACGAGUUGGAAGUUUGCGCUGGAACUUCACUGUACACCAUCACGAAGCAGCUGGAUCGAUCGAUCGAUGACGAUUACAGGGCAUUAGUCGUGGGAGUGCUUGCACAGCAUCGGGAUCUUUUGCCACUCGACAAAUUUACCAUCGAAGAUUGGGCUCUCUGCACCGUGUGGAGUCGUGCGAUGGAUUUUGCACUGCCCGACGGAAAUUCGAUCCGACUUCUGGCGCCCUUCGCAGAUAUGUUGAACCAUUCGUCCGAGGUUAAGCCGUGUCAUGUCUACGAUGUCUCGUCUGGAAAUCUCUCUGUCCUUGCAGGGAAAGAUUACGAAGCCGGAGAUCAGGCUUUUAUCUCUUACGGACCCAUUCCGAAUAGUCGCCUUUUACGUCUCUAUGGCUUUGUCCAAAAGCAUAAGCUCUGGGUAUCGGCUGGACUCGAUUCAACCUGUACCAUCCCCCUCACUCUCACCGAUCCGCUACCGAAAAAUGUCCUUCGAUACCUCCGUAUUCAGCGAUCAGACGAAUCGGAUCUCGCUGUCAUAGCGUUUCGGCAAAUCAAUGCUACAGAUGAGAAAAUCAGCGAUUCGAACGAGGUGGAAGUACUGCAGUUUUUGAUAGAAUCGUUCUCUCAUCUUCUAGACAGUUUCGGAACGCAGCUGGAAAAGCUAGAAGAACAACUCGCGGAGGGUGUCUAUUCUCCGGGAGGUAACGCAUGGGCUGCGGCACACGUUAGCUUGGGCGAACAGAGGGUGUUAAGAUUGGCGAGAAAGAGAGCGGAGGAUUUGCUAUCGGCGGUGGAAAGCAGAAGUGGCAAUGUGAGGGGUUCGCUGUCGGCACUGGCGCGCUGCGCGAAUUGCGAAAAGGUUCCUGCGCAGUACAUGUUGUGCGGGAGGUGCAAAGCCGUUGCGUAUUGCGGGCGUACGUGCCAGGUCGCUCAUUACAAAGAGCACAAGGCAAUAUGUCGAGCUACCGCUUCUAAGAGUGGUUCUGGGAUGAAGUGA